AUGCGCGGUUUUGCCCGCCAAGUGGCCGCUGCUCGAAGAGGCGGAAACAGUGGAAAUGGAAAUGCUGGAACUUCCGGUAAUGACAGUGAGUUUACCGAUGAGGACUUUGCCGACCUGGCCACCUCGCCGACGCUCUUCGCCGAGUCGCCGGAAAUUAUCGGCCUCUUCAGUCCGCUGCUCAGUGAUGACAAUACGCCGCUGUCGAGGCGAAUUAGACGACAGUCGCUGGUUGAAAUCGGCUUUGGCCGCCUGGAGACGUACAUUAAGCUAGAACUGCUGGGCGAGGGAACCUACGCCAAGGUCUUCAAAGGCCGCUCCAGCCUGACCAGCAACAUGGUCGCCCUGAAGGAAAUUCGCCUAGAGCACGAAGAGGGCACGCCCUGUACGGCCAUUCGAGAAGUGUCCCUGCUGCGCAACCUAAAGCACCACAACAUUGUGACGCUGCACGACAUUGUGCACACCGAAAAGUCGCUCACUCUUGUCUUUGAAUACCUGCCCAAAGACCUGAGCAAGUACAUGCACGAGUGCAACAAUCACCUACACUAUCAGAAUGUUCGCCUCUUCCUCUUUCAACUCCUGCGCGGCCUCGCCUACUGCCACAAACAGCGCAUCCUCCACCGCGACCUGAAGCCGCAAAAUCUGCUCAUCUCAGAGCGAGGCGAGCUGAAGUUGGCCGACUUUGGCCUGGCUCGCGCCAAAUCAGUUCCCUCAAAAACCUUCUCCAAUGAGGUAGUGACGCUGUGGUACCGCCCACCGGACGUCCUUCGCGGCGCCACCGACUACUCGCUGCCGAUUGACCUGUGGGGCGUGGGCUGCAUCUUCUUCGAGAUGGCCGCCGGGAAGCCGCUUUUUCCCGGGGCUAAUGCCGCCGACCAACUUGACCUGAUUGACAAGACGAUGGGCAGCGACCCGGACAACCUGACGAUGCUGCCGCUGGCCAUCAGCAGUCGCAUUCCCAAGCUGGGGCCGCAGGCCUUCGAUCUGAUUCCGUGGGACCAACUCGAGGAGGAGUACGAAGAUGAAGAUGGAAAUGGAGAGGAUGGAGAAAAUGGAGAGCGGACAUCGACUGGUGGCCAGUCGACCAUCGUCGAGGAGGACGAAGAGGAGUACCUGGUUCAGCAGCGGGCGCUGGAGAUUGAGCGCAUCAUUCGAGAGGCGAAACGACGAGAGCUGCAGGACUACGACGAGCAGAACUCCCAAACUGAUGAUGUUGAGCAGUCCCGAGCGGUCCUCCAGUCUACCUCAGCUCCUGAACAACAGGAAGAGCAGCAAACUCAAACUGUCAGUUCCACUACCGAACCUUCCAAAGCUGAAAAAAAGGAGGAGGAAAAAAAAGAAGAAAUCGAGCGUGAAUCAGAGUUGCCAAAUUACGACAUCGACGACGACGACGACCUCAGCGUCAGCGACCGGCCCGACUACUUUCCCGGAUCCGGAGAUGAGGAGGACGAAGUCGAGGACAAGGUCGAGGAUAAAGUCGAGGACAAGGAGGUCAACGAGGACCUGGACAAUGACGACGACCAGGACAAGGACAAAGACAGCCAAGACAAAGACGACGACCUCGACGACGACCUCGACGACGACCUCGACGACGACCUCGACGAUGAGGAGGAGCCCUCCAAGCGGGAGGUUGAGCCCGGCCUGGACGUGGAGUUUCUGGAGGCGGACGACGAGGUCUUCCUCUCGCAGGGCAACGAGCGGAACCAG